ACUUUAACUUAUAUUAAACAAGUUGGGACAAUGACACCAGCAGAGAAAGGUUCACUGGUCACCUUUGUAUAUGCGGUUAAUGCCAUUGGCAACACAGUUCCUCCAAUGUUUGUGUUCCCACGUUAUGCAGACCACUUUGUCAGAGAUGGUUUUUUCACCCACGGAUAUGUUACAACUAACCCAGGCUAUGGGGUCAAUUGUAACGUUUCACUCUUUGUGUCUGAGACCACACCAUGCAAUGAGUAAUUGUGCUGCAGAGAAAAUAGCUGUACUAUUUAAUAGCAGAUAUAUGUAAAUACUUUGAAUUACAUUUUGAACCCACUACCUUAAAAGAGCUCCAAGCUACAGACAGAAAUGUCAAACGUUAUAACUAUCCCCUGUUUCCCCUACACAAUUCCCAGUUGUUUUAAUUAUGAGUUAUCUUGCCAACAAAAUGCCGACCUGUUAUGGAUCUGUGAUUCCUCUUCUCGGUUGAAGUCUUUUCUACAUAACUGAGAAAAUGUAAAUCUUAUUGGAUGACUGUUGUACACAGCUAUCUGUCACAUGUCAAAUAAAUAAAUUAAAAACAUUUAUAAAAUCGGAAAGGAUUAAAUAGAGUUAGGUGAAGUCAUUUGGGUAUACCUCCUGGUCUACCUCCAGGUGUUUUGGGCUUGAUUGAACUUGAAGAGACUAUGGAGCAGACCCAGGACAUGCUGAAGAGAUUAUGUCUUCUGAGUAGCUUCUUAAUGCCUCGCUUUGCCCCCUUAAAAAAGCUAGGUGGUCUGUAGUGUGUGUAUGAAAAUCGCUAUAUAUCAUUUAUGAUAUUGUAUUGAGUUUAUGGUGCUAGGUUAGAUGCUUAUCCUUACAGCUUGGAACUCAAAUCAUAAUGUGGUCAUAUAUGUCGUUUGGUAUAAGAUACAACAGGGCAGAAUUAGCAGUAUUGUUGCCUGGCCUUUUGCUUGCUGCAUUGUAUCUUUCUGGAGAUUCAUCUAACAUUACACUACAAGUUUUCUGUAUUUGACAGCGUUCACAUCUUACAUGUCUUCAGAGGUCCACUACUGAAAUCUCAACUGCAGCCUAUUGAUAGCAACUCAGGAUUUGUAAUAUUAUUCAGAGGCCUCCUGCCUGAACCCCCUGUCACCCACCCAAGCUUCCAAACAGCGCCAACCUUUGUAGUGAUGACGUUAGCACUGUAUUCUCUCUGCUUCCUCUUCCUGUAUAUGAUACAGGAGUGGAGGUGGGGAGGGGAGGCACACCAUAUCCUUUGGAAAGUGUCUUUCUUUCUGUCUGCUGGACAGAGGCCAGCUGAACGGUCCUGCUCACAACAAUAGAGCUGAACAAUAGCACAGGAGAACUUUCACAGUUUGGCCUAAUUUUUUUACAGAACAAUUUUUAAGAGGAUAAAUGCUGAGCAGGUCAAAUGAGCCAAGGUCAAGUGGUCUGGUCACAGUUUCAGUGUUGACUACAGGGCAAACUCGUUGAUACAACUACUGUUUUCCUUUUAGUUUUUCAUUUUGAAAACUUCAGUUGGCUGUCAAGAUACUUGAUAAAUUUUGAAAGGUAUUCCUGUAAUCACAGUGUUCCUUGGAAACGCUCAUCAGGACAUGUGAAUCAUUUCAUAGUUUCACUUUUAGUUUUUUGCAGUUUAUCAGGAACGCUAACUGUUUUGCUUUCCUUGAAAGUUCUGAAAUGAUUUCACCAAUAACUUAACUGGUAAACACACCGAGUGAAAGCGUGUUUUUUUAUGCUAACAAUAGAGUGCUAAAGAGAACAGAAAACAACAUCUGUUCCUUUUCGAUCUGGGACUGGUGGGAAUGCCAUGUUCAUCAAUUAUUCAGAUUGCUCUAGUGCCUGGUCUGAAACGUCAGUACUCAGUAAUGUGUGGAAAUGUCCGUCUUGUGCAUCCUGGACUGUCACUUUAAGAUAGUUUGCUUGCGUCAUUUCAAGUCUAUGGUGAUUUUCUGGUUCCAGUAGGAGAAGGUCAUUGUCAGUGAGCUAGCCAAGGCCUACAGUGACAUAAUCCAUGAUGUCAGCGGUUAGAACAGUAGUUGACCAAAAAUAGACUUUUUUUUUAAUGGACCAGCAGAAUAAAAGCUCUAUUCUUUUUGUUGAAAUAGUUUUGAAAAAUGCAAUUCCUACAGGCUGCUCUAACUGAUAUACAUGCAGCUCAUGUAACCUUAGCUAACCCUUUCAAACACGAGUGGAGAAAGAUUCAGGCUGAUGCGUGAACUGUCUGAAUGGAAAUACUGUAUAAGGCUAGACUGUAACACCAGAAGUUUCUGAGAAAAGUCAUUUUAAGAGUAACUUGUGUGAACUAGAUGUUAAAUAACACAGUAAGUAAGAAACUUGGUUACAUUUUAGUAAAAAAAUAUUUCUUCUCCACAAACUGUCCAGUCACACAACACAAAAAGAACCAAGACAACUGAUUUACAAUACCCCAGAACUUUUUUGUCGCAUGUCCUUUAAUGAAGAGUCCUGUAGUCGUGUGGAAAGGACAAACAUUUCUGAGAGGCUGAGGUCACUGACAGAUAUUGGCUGUUGCUGAUGACUGUAGUUGUCUUGGUCGCAGCUGAUUAGCACUCAGUGGUUUUUCUCAUCUUCAUGUGUGAAAAGAGAAUUAAAGGAAAGGAAUUAAACAGGUACAAUUUAGUACGAUAAAACCUCAAAUACAAGUAAUGUGUCACGCCAAAUUGCAGUAAUGCAUCCUCCUCAGCCACCUUAAAUAUUAUAUUUUCAUUUAUUUUUAUAUGGAAUGAAAAGUUUUAACAGUCAGAAAAUAUCAACAUUUAACCUAAAAGAAAAAGUCUGAUAAACUGCCAAAACUAUUGUCUGCAAGGAAUAUUUAUUAUAUAUCACAUACAUUCUGUAACACACUUAUUAGACUAUUUGGACACACGCGCCACAGCCUUGACCCACUUUUUGGACACAACCCAACAUAUGUGCAUGUAAAUAUUCGCCAUCUUACUAUUUUAUAUCUUCUUAACAUUUUUUAAUUAAGAAAUUAAAAGUAUCCGAGAAGAGGUGGAGGGAAAACACUUAUUGAUGGAUAACCAACAUCAUACAGUUUUUUCUCUUCUGAAUAAUGUAGUCGAUGCAACUAUAUGCAUCUUUGACUCUGAGUGUGACCAAAACCUGUCUAAUUGUGCUGUUUUACAUACAUGAUCAGUUCAAAGUCUAAAGCUUUGUGUAUAGAUAGGGCGUGGCAGCCAUCUCACACGCAUCCAUAACUAGUGAAGAAACAAUGUGGAGAAGCCUUAUAAAUCAUUUGAGAGGAGGGGGCAUAAAAGAAGCAGGACAGGGGGAAAGGAAAGCUGGGAGUAAACAUGGAAGGAUGCAGAGGAGAAGGGAAGUCCCCACUGCCUGAUGAGAGUAUUGUUGAGGAUAUUUGUGUAAACUGUGGUAAGAACUGAGCAGCUAAGCCGGUCACAAGGCUGCCAGGAGAGGCUCAACCCCCCUCUUUGACGAAAACACGAACAUCAGCACACACAUAUCCAUACCUCUCUGCCGUUUCUUGCUACUCUUACACACAAAAUGACAAGGACUGGUCCUGAACUACUGAGGAAAACCAGACAGCCCUGAGGAGUGGACUGUAGUAUCACCAGAUCUUUGUAUGUGUGUGUUGCUGUGGACAUUGGACUGGAUGUUGGUUUAGCGGUGUGGCUCAGCCCCUCCUGUACACUGUGUCACAGAAAGAUCAGCAGCAACAUGGGAUCAGUAAUAUAUGAGAUCAUGCAGCAGGACAUCAGGCCCCUGCUGGCCGUAGACAUCAUAGAGCAGCUUCACCGCCAGUUUGCCUCGCUAUCUGGAGGGCGAGGGAAAGAUGGUGCCCCCAUCAUCACUUUCCCAGAGUGCUCAGGCUUUAGCGAAGUGCCAGAGGAAGAUUUCCUCAAUGUAGUUACUUACCUGACCAGCAUCCCCAGCCUGGAUGCUGCAAGCAUUGGCUUCAUUAUCAUCAUCGACCGGCGGAAGGACAAAUGGAGCUCAGUAAAGGCCUCUCUAUCCAGGAUCGCUGGGGCAUUCCCAGGAAAUCUUCAGUUGGUGUUGGUGCUGAGGCCAUCCAGGUUCUUCCAGAAGCAUAUAGCAGAUAUUGGGAUCAAACUACACAAGGAUGACUUCAAAAUGAAGGUACCGAUCGUGAUGCUGAACUCGCUGUCUGACCUACAUGGCUAUGUGGAUAAAAGCCAGCUGACCCGAGAGUUAGGAGGAAACCUGGAAUACUGUCACAGUCAGUGGAUACACCACCGAACAGCCAUAGAAAAUUUUGCCAUGACAGUGAAAACCACAGCCCAGAUGUUACAGAAGUUCGGAACAGACCUAGCAGAGACAGAGCUGCCCAAUGACGUUCAGUGCACCAAAGACCUCCUUACAGCACACACCGACAAACACAAUAAUCUCAAGGAUGAACUGAGGCUAGCUGUGAAGCAAGGCACCACCUUGUAUAGUUGUAUAAAAGAUCAGUCAGCCAAGUCAGAGGAUCAUGAACUCAACCCUGAUGAGAUGGAAAACCAAACUACUGUGGAAAGGCUUUUGGCCCAGCUAGAUGAGACAGAAAAUGCCUUUGAACAGUUCUGGAGCAAACACCAUCUGAAACUGGAGCAGUGCCUACAGUUGCGUCACUUUGAGCAGGACUUUAGAGAGGUCAAAGUGUCUCUCGACAGCUUGAUAGACAGUCUAAACAGCCUUUCAGACACUGGGGAUUGUGUGGCCAGAGUUGAAAAAAUGCUCAAGGAGCUAAAAACACUGGAGGAGAAAGCUCAGGCCACACUGGAAAAGGCACAACUUCACGCACUGCAUGGUGACCAGCUGAUUCAGAGCAAUCACUAUGCUGUGGACUCCAUCAGACCCAAAUGUGUCGAGCUCCGUCGUGUCUGUGACGACUUCAGCAAUGAGGUCAAGAAAAAGACAGAUAUUUUGUCCAAAUCUCUGCAGAUACACCAGGGCAUAGAUAAGGUUAACCAAUGGUGUGAGUCUGGGAUCUACUUGCUGGCAUCCCAGGCUGUGGAUAAGUGUCAGUCACAGGAAGGGGCAGAGUCAGCACUGACAGACAUCGAACAUUUUCUGGAGUCAGCAGAAAAGAACCAACUGACUGAACUGAGGAACCUGCACAAUCAGUAUGAGGUUGUCUUGUCAGAGGAUAUCAAGGGUAGUGUACUGAAGGCGCUAAAGAGACUGGAAGAUGUUCAGGAGAUGUUUGAAAAGCGGCAUCUCAGUCUGAAGAGACUGUCAGCUAAACAGACAAGGCCCAUCCAGCCUGUUGCUCCACGGCCUGAAUCCUCCCCCAAACGGCCCUCAGUGAAGAACACCCCCAGGACUGCAGGAGGCCAACAGCCUCUUGCUCGCAGAGCUUCCGAUAAUUCUAACAAACAGCAGGCUGAAGCUGAUCUCAACAAGAAGAAGAACAUAAGGAAGGCAAAGGGAGGAAUCAAGAUUGAGGUCAUGCAUGAAGAAAGCCAAGGAGGCUCCACACAUGUUGUUGUGACAAAUGAGACUGAGGAAAGUCUAUCCAACAGACGCAGGCAUAUCAUGACUGAACUAAUUGAAACAGAAAGGCUGUAUGUUGAGGAGCUGCAAAGCAUCAUGGAGGGUUAUUUUGCAGAGCUGAAUAACUCUGAGCUUAGCCACCUCAUGCCACCAUCACUUGAGAACAAAAGAGAUGUGCUGUUUGGAAACCUGCCGGAGAUAUAUGAAUUUCACAACAAGACAUUUCUCAUGGAGCUGGAGAACUGUGCAGAGAAACCAGAGCUGGUUGGAACCUGUUUUCUGAAAAGAAAAGAAGAGCUUCAGGUGUAUGAAAAGUAUUGUCAGAAUAAACCACGCUCUGAAAUCCUCUGGAGGCAGUGUGGGGACAGCCUGUUUUUUCAGGAAUGCCAGAAGAAGCUGGAUCACAAACUGUCUCUGGAUGCCUACCUGCUGAAGCCUGUCCAGAGGAUCACCAAAUACCAACUCAUGCUGAAGGAGAUGUUAAAAUGCAGUAACGGUGAGGGGAUGGCUGAGUUGGAGGAGGCUUUAGCCACCAUGCUGGACAUCAUUAAGUCUGUCAAUGACUCCAUGCACCAGAUAGCAAUCACUGGCUUUGAGGGAAAUCUGAGUGAACUGGGGAAGCUGCUGAUGCAGGGAUCCUUCAAUGUGUGGACUGACCACAAGAAAGGCCACAGCAAAGUGAAGGACCUGGCGAGGUUUAAGCCUAUGCAGAGGCAUCUCUUUCUGUAUGACAAGAUGCUGCUGUUCUGUAAGAAACGAGAGGAGACCACCGAUGGACAUGAAAAGACCCCGUCCUACAGCUUCAAACACUCACUCAAGAUGAGUUCUGUGGGGAUCACAGAGAAUGUCAAAGGUGACAGCAAAAAGUUUGAGGUUUGGUACAACGGCAGAGAGGAAGUUUACAUCAUCCAGGCUCCUUCCAUGGAUGUGAAAAAUAUGUGGGUGUCAGAGAUUCGGAAAGUUCUUACAGGCCAGCUGGAAGCAUGCAGAGAAGCCAGCCAGCUCAACAUCUAUGGGGCCCCUAUGAGGAAUGUGCGGAAGAUGGCACUGAAACACUCUGAUUCAUCAAGCCCAGAGUCAGGCUUCAGGAGGUCCAACCCCAGCCCUAAUAUGAGGCAGAAGAGAGCUGACGCUUCAGCCAGCCAGUCAGGCUACUCGGCUGUUAAUGCUAGGAAGCAUUUCACCUUGCAAGGACUUUCCAACAGGAGGUCUCUUCCCGCAGAACCUGCUGCUAAAGAGGCUGAGGUCCCCCGCCGCUUCUCUCUCACUUCGUCUCUUGCUUCCUCUUCCUCCUCCUCCUUCGCUACACGGCGCACAAAAGGUCCCCUCUCUGCUAGCAUAAAGAGCAAAAGGCAUGAAAUAAAGAGUGAUCCCACUCCAUUUGGUUAUGAAGAUACAUUGCGCGGCGCUAUGGCAGCAGUCAGGAAACGUCAGAGUAUGACUAGCAGCACUUCUGCUGGUCCUGGUGGCACCUCAGCUGUCCCUAGAUCCACUUCCCAACCAGGCUGGGCCCAGCGGCGUCUUCUUUCCAUGGACACAGAGGACUUUGAGACGAUUCCCUCCAGCGCAGAGGAAUCCUCCAACUCUUCAGACGAGGAAGGCAACAAUAAAAAUGGUGACAGCAGCCGUUUCCGAGUACAGCUAACAUACGAGUCUCGUGAUCCGCAAGACCUCUCUCUGGAGACAGGUGACCUCGUCCAGUUUGUGGAGGAAGCAAAGAAUGGAAACUGGCUAGUCAAGAACCUUUUAACAGAGAAGACAGGGUUGGUCCCAUCCAGUAUACUGCAAACAGCAUCAGAAGGAGAUAUCUUCAGUGAUCUGUGUACAGCAGCUCUCUCCGACUCUGAAAAUGAAGCCAAUACAUGGGGAGAUGUGUCUCAGGACAGCAAAUAAACAUGGAUGACCACUAUAGUUCAUUAUAUUUAACUACAAAUAUGGCUGAUGACUAUAACUGUAGGUUUUUUUAACUGUAAUUUCCUAAGCUGGACAAUUCUAGGUUUUCUACUUGUAGCUCUUAUUAAUGAAUUUGCAAAUAUGGCCUGCUAUUGUUUUUCAAAUGUAGUUUUUUUUAGAAAAAAGCCUGCCUGAAUGCCACAGUAGGAAAGCCAUAUAAGGUUUUUAAUUCAAGGAAGUGCCAGCAUGUCUCUGUGGGGAACUGAAGCUUUCAUGGAUGCUGAACUGAAAGUUAAAUCAUUACUUUCUGUGGAGAAUGCUGGAUGCCUGGAAAUGUAAAACCUUUUCUGACCUGGAUAACCUUAGGGAAAGUGACAAUUUCCAUGUGCUGGUUGUAAGCAGGCUUUGGGGAGGCGGCCUGGUUUGCUGUUACCCUGCACUGAAGCAGAACUCUUUAAGAUCAAAUUCUUACACUGAUGCCCAAAUGUUUCAGCAUUUCAUGUUCAAAAUAUAUAUAAUUAAUUGCAAGUUGUUUUCUUUGGUUUUCUCAAUCCUAGUGGAGCACGCACACGAAUUAUAUCAAGUAUAGAGUUGCUUCAGAGACUAUUCUGACUACUUCACACUCGUACAGGUUUUCAACCAUCAUCAUGUGUGUCCUUUGCAUGUUUUCCCUGUGUUUGCGUGGGUUAUCUCUGGAUACUCCAGCUUCCUCCCACAGUCCAAAGACAUGCAGUUAGUGAGGAUAGGUUGACUGGCAACUUAAAUUGCCCCUAGGUGUGGUUGCAGAUGUGAAUGUGAAUGCAAAUGGCUGUCUGUGUCUAUGUGUUAGCCCUGUGACAGAUUGGCCACCUGUCCAGGGUGUACCCUGCCUCCCGUCCUAAGACAGCUGGGAUAGGCUCCAGCCCCCCUGCGACCUUGAAACAGAUAAGCAGAAGAGAACGGAUGGAUGGAAACUUAAAAAUCAAAUAUUACAAAACCGUCUUUGUCACUUUUAAGUUUGCUUUGUUAAGUUUCCGCAACCAUUAGACAUUAAGUAAAUUUUCCAGACACCAAGCUACUUCUGAGUGUGUCAGAAGACCAUGUAGAUUGUUGCCGACAUGGUUCAUCUUUUGGCGGAUUCUCCCAUCAGUGACUGUUCUCACUCGGUUAUGUAGUUUGCCUGAAAUUAUAACUUUAGGAAUUGCUGGAUUAGUUUUUUUUGUUUGUUUAUUUCUUUGUUUUUCCAUUUUACAAUAUUUAAUGGCACUGAGGUCAGCUUAAUUAAUAAAGAAAAGUCUGAUUUUUCCCCCCCUGUGUAUAUAAAUUCCUUGUGUAUAUUUAAACCUAUUUAAUAAUAGGUCAGUGAAUAGAUCUGAAUACUUUCUGAAGUAACUCCUUCCCCACUGUCUGUUAGACUCACAAACAAUGUGUGUAAUUUGCCAAAUGGCUGGAAAUUACUCACCAAACAACCAGAGAGCUAGGGCUGAACACAUCGGUUUGCUGAAUGCAAUAACAUAUGAAUAUAGCCUUUGUUUUUAUGUCAUACGGGGACAGAAACUGGAAGAAGACUUGAAGUCAAUUUGUCUUCUGGUAACAAGUAAAGAACUGUGCAGAUUGUGUAUCAUUAACUGUCUAAAAACAGCUUUUUGCUCCAUGCAAAAACAAAGUUGAUGAGAGUGGUGUGUUGAUGAGACCGAAGUGCAAAGAGAAGGCUGUAAUACUAAAAGAACUCAGCAGAACUGCAGAGUUGGAUGUCACUAGAAGCAAACCCGUUUAAUUUACACAUAUCUGUCUCAUUGUUCAUAUAAAAUGCAUUCAUUUGUUCAGUUUUAGUUCCAAAGUCUGCUGCUGUAUCAGGGGUGCAAAAUGUGAGGAAAAGUCAUUCAAGAAGAAUUUCCUUUAUCAGUUAAUGAUAGCUAAUUACUCUCUAUCAGAAAAUACAUGAGAAGUAAAACAAUCAUGUUUUCCAUUUUAUGCUCAAUGAAUAGCACACAGAAGAAGUCAAAAGGCUUUUGAUGGAGAUGAAGCAUUAAUGUUUAAGGAAAUGGAAUUAUCUCUACGAUGUGUUGAGCUGCAUGCCACCGAGAUAAAGUAAGACUCAUUUUUACAUAAUGAGAUUUUCACUACCAAUCUUGUUAAGAACAUUUCACACUUUGAUUCCCUGCAUGCCAGCUGCUAUUUAAAGACAGGAGUUAUGGUAUUCAUACAUAGUUUCUGAUUUGUGUGCAUGCACUGUACAAUAGCUAGAAAAUGUGCUUUCUAAGCAAUCGAAUCCCAGAUAUGAGUUUCUGCAAGGGUGACUUCAUGCCACUGUGAGAAAGCUCAUUUUUAAAUUGAGAACAUUCCAAAUAUUGUAUUAAUUUACGCUCACAGAUUCCCUAUUGAGGAAUUCUUUUAUCUCUGUGUUUGUGUUGCCUUAACUAAUUCGUAGAAGCAUACUCACCGAGAAACCCAAUUGAUCAUAUUCCAACCUUGGAAUUUAUUGAAGGAUUUAGUUUUUCUGCUGAAUCCAAGCAAUAGUUCAGCUUUGCAACAUGUUAUUGGAUUCAUGACAGUUGUUUGAGGUCCAGCUGAAAGUGCUUACACCCGUGUUUUUGCUGCUGAGAAGUUAGCAUUUGUUCCCACCUUCAGUUUUGUAGUUGAAAUGCAUUUCUCUGACAGAUAGCACUCAUGCCCUUUUUUCUCCCCAAAGUAAACUUCACUAUGUUGUGGAAAAAGUCAGGGAAGUUUGUUUUUCUUUUUUCAGGGAAAAUAUUUUUAGUAAACAGCACCAUUUUUUCUAAGGUUUCAUAAGGUGUAUAAUGUUUUUUUGGUGUUGUUGUUCUUUUGGAUCUGUAGACUGGACAUAGGACUUGGUGAGGGCCACGGACACAUUUGACAAAUGUAAACAAACAUCAGUGUUAGCAUAAUUUUGAGGGAUCCAUUUUAUGUAUAACUGCUGUAUUGCCGUACUCCAUUGCUCCCUCACAGGCUUUUCAACACUGUAUUGCAUUUCUACUGCUAGGAUGAAUUGUAUAGAUUAGUCACUGCGGAAGCAGAACUGUAGCUGCAGAUAAAUGGCAUAUUAUAUGACAGCAAGGAUAAUGCAACACAAACGCUGCCAUUCUGUCAAAUGCUGCUGGCAUUUCACACAUGUACAUCAUGUCCCUUGGUUUGAUGCCUCUGUGAAUCAGCCAUAAAGAUAUUUGAGACUGAGAGAUAACUGUCCUUUUCUAAACAAAGAACACAUCUGGAAGUUAAAGAUGGAAAGCCAUAAGGGUGUACUCACACCAAGCACAGUUUCCUACUACCAUGCCUGGGCACAAUAUCCCCAUUUCCUCACUGCCCCAUGGUCAUGCUGCCCUUAGCAACCUGGUCCAGUUCAUCUCAGUAUUUCAACUCAACUCUUUCCUGCUCACUCUGUGCAUCAUUCACACACACUUUUGAAAACAACGUUUAAAGAGCAUAAUGAGGUUCAUGAUUUAAUGUAGCUUAAUAGCAAUAUUUUGGGAGUUAUGAGAAACUGCCCCCUCACAUGCCUUGCAGAUUACCUUACAUGGUGAUUUUUGCAUAAAUGAUGGAGUUCUUUCUUGGGUGUGGUUUAAUGAUUGCUCUAGGUGGAAUCAAGUACUGAUUAACAUACUGCUUAAUAUAACUGACACUCUCAUUUUACUUGCACAUAUUGAUUUAAGGACUUGACUAUGUUUGACAAAGGUUGUGGUUUAGAUUAAAUAUACCUCUUCAUUAUCUGAAAUCUAUGCGUUUAAAAGAAAAUGAUGGUUACCUAGUGUGGUUAAACACGUGAAAUGGUAUUUGUAAGUAUGUAUUAUAUGUAAAUAGUUUAGAGUAAAUUCAUCUCAUAGUUGCCACAUAUCUAUAUCAUUGUAGCACCAACAACAAAGGAAUUUUGAAUGUAUGUGUGAACUGCCAGUGUCUUUGUCAAAAAGGCAUCAUUUGACAUCCUCUGAAUGAGAACUGGCUAGAAAACGACUUAUUUGAUUUUCAUUUAGAUGGUAAAUCUUAGAAAUGGAAACAAGAAAACCAAAAGAUAUCAAACAACAAAGUCUUCAUACAAUACAUGUUAGAACAUAGGAUUGAACCUUGUUACAAACCACAAGUAAGUAGCGUUGAUCAGUCUUUGAAAAGACAAGUUUAAGAUGAGCAGUGGAUGGAUAGAUGCUUAGAAGGGUUCAUGGGUGGAUGAGAAGUGAAUGGAUACAUGAGAAUUCCAAAGGAUGGAUGAGAAAAAUUGGCUUGACAGACUGCUGUGUGACGGGCGAGGCAUGGAUAGAUUGUUGGUUAGAAGAGUGAAUGGACAGAUUUGACGACACUGUAAAUGGGUUAGCAUUUGCAAGAGAAAGCAAAACUAAAGUGAAGUUGAUAUGCAUUGAUAUUCUGAUUAUACAGAAAUGCAGUCCUCUUGAAUAUGCUGUAUAUUUUGUUCAUGCUAUGUUUAAAAUAUAUCUUUGCAAUGAAAAUAUUUCUCUUGUACUGCCAUAUUUAAGCAUAUUAUAGAAUGUAUCAAGUCUGUAUAUUGUAUCUGUCAUCUGAUGUACAUAUUGCAUUGCUUUGUUGUGAUAAUAUGCAUUUACAAUGUAAAUUUUGUCACAGUUUCAUUUCUUAUUUCAAAUAUAUUCGAUUAUUCCUAA